CUUGCAGCUGUGCGUCAUGAUUGGCGAGCUCAAGGAGGAGCGCAUAGAGGAGUACAGAGCCGCCGCGGCUUUGGACGAGAUAUACGACACGUUCAGAUCGAAGACCAGCACUCUCUGCAAAGUGCUGCAGGGAAUGUGCGACAGGGGGCCGGGGACGGUCAUGAGCCGGGACGGCACUCUGACUGCCAAUGAGAAGCGCCCCAGAAGACCAAUAGGUGGAGCCGAAGCUGUCACUCAUCUAUUACUUCGGCUGGAUAUGACAACUUGGUGGUCUAGAUAUUGAUCAUAACUCAAAAUUUCCGUCUCACAUGCUCUAGGGGAUUUGUAGGCCGGCUCCAUGAGCCAAAGCACCGGUGAGUCCACAGCUUCCGUACAGUUAACGCGCUUCGAUGCAUGCUCGGUGUCUUGCCGGAAUCGAACAACGCGGCGACCCGACGGGUACGGCAAGGGCCGCUUUCGCCGCCAUGACGCUUCCUUCCUACGCUCAGCGUUCUCUCCGCAGUCCCAACUCAAGGUCUUUCUCUCGCCGUCAAAGCAUACACUCCCAAUGCAUCUCUGCUUGGCCGUGCCCGAAAUCAUGAUCCUAAUCUGCGAUGUUAUACAGGAGAGCGGAAAGUACGACGGGACUCUGGCUGCGUUGGCGACGUGCUGUCGUGCAUUCUACAUGCCCGCGGUGUCAGCGCUCUGGAGGGACCUGAAUACUUUGAUGCCGCUCCUCUUGAGCCUGCCACACGAUCUAUGGAGCACCGAAAACGAGGGGCACAGAUUCGUAUGCGUUCUUGACAUUCCUGAAUCAAAUACUUUACUGACCUUGGUGAAGGUUGCAUCCCGACCGGUGAAGCCAAAAGAUCUCCAGAGGUUCUUUCACUACACAUCGAUGGUCCGAACGCUGCGGGUCUCCUGGCUUCCGGACGCAACGUGCCACGCCGCCCUCGAGCUUAGCUGUCCCACUCCUCUUCUUCCCAACCUGCGCCGUCUCGAAUGGGGUCUCGAUGCUUCCUCUCAGAGGUUUCAUCAAAUUCUCUUCUUCCUGAGUCCGACCAUCGUCUGCCUCCACCUUCACAUACCGUCCGCCGUCCACGCGCUAUCGUUGCUACCCCGUUUACCCAUACUCUGCCCUGGCGUCAGGGAUGUACGGCUCCAAGGGAUCAUGCGUAACACCGCGGAAGAUCAGCUCGAUCUGGUGUCCAACGCCGUCUGUCAAUGGGAGGGCCUGCAGGUUGUCAGCAUGCCACAUUUGAGCAACGAAGACCUGCCGCGCCUUGCUUCUGUCCCUGAACUAGCGGAGCUGACGCUAUAUUGCCCCCAUUCGGGUGUGCAGGAAAUCCCACGUGUUGGCCGUUCCGCUUUCCUGGCUCUGCGGUCCCUCUCGAUCUGUCCGACGUUCAUGGAGUACGGAGUGCUCCUGAUACGUGCCAUACCCAAGCUGCGCCUACAUCGCCUCUCGAUCACAUUCUUCGACACCAACUCAUGGCACGAAUGGUCGUCAAUCAUCGCGGCCAUAAUAUCGACCUGCGACCGCACGACUCUCAGCGAGCUUGACAUUGAUGAGAGUGCCGAGUACGACAUUGAGCAGCUGGUGGCCGCAGGUGACACAAGCCCGUGGCCCCGCGCUUUCGACUACAGAACUAUGCAGCUUCUCGUGUCCUUCACCGCCCUCACGGACCUGAGCCUCGUGUGCUGGGGCGGAUUUCUGCUCAAUGACGCCGAGAUCCACAGCCUCGCUCAGGCCUGGCCCCAGCUCGUAUCUCUGAAACUGCGAGCGGGACGCAUCAUGCGCCCUUUCGCGUGCACUCUAUGCGCUCUGAUCAGCUUUGCGCAAUGCUGCCCGCACCUGCGUCACCUCGCUCUAGAUCUUGACGCCUGUUCACCGGCGUACGAACAGACGGACAAGCAUGGUGCACGGCAGCGCACCCUCCGCUACCUCGACGUGGACCGCUCUCCAAUCAAGAGCGCCAUUGCCGUCGCUGCUUUCAUAACCACUGUCUUCCCGGAUAUUCAAGUCCUUAAAUUCGCUGAUACCAGCCUAGAUCCUGAGGUUGACGACCCGGAGGCAGAGGAUCUAGACGAGGAGGUUGAGGAGGUACGGGCGACAGAAUGGGGGAAGGUCGAGCGUCUGCUCCCUCUCUCAGGGUUCAGAACCUCGUAUGAGUAAGCAAAGUCUCCUGGAUUUGAGCCAGCGGUAUACAUGCGCUACAGUAUACUAUUUAUUGUGGGCUAUCAGAUGCUCGAGAUGGACAGCUUUGCGAUGAAUCUCAGGAACUAUAUCGCACCUUCGAGUCAUGGGAUUAUUCAACCUGAAGUAUACAGAGGAUGUAUCGCACAUAUACGGCUGCGUCUCAUUCUCUCUAUGGGCUUUAUGAUACACAUGUGGGCCUUCUCCCAUAGCACACCGUUCCCAUCACAGCGUCACGCACCGGAAGUUGAACAUGUCACAUGGGGCGCGGGAACCCUUCGGCAUUCGCCG